AUGCAUCUAAUAUUCUUCGCCCUCUUGGGGCUUGCUUGUCUCCCUACUGCAUAUUGUGCUCCUGAAUAUUGCCCACUCUUGGGUCCGGUGUUUCCUGCUCCAAAGAAUAUCUCACAAGACCCGGCAUUCCGCGCCGCGACAAAGAAUAUCAGCGAAGCACUGAGCGAUUGCAUUAAUGGCGAUACAUCCACGAAGGCGUUCCUCAAUCCAGAUUCUACCUCCGUGGCUUUGCAGAUUUUCUCUGCCGAUAGGCCCGCGCCUUUAUUCGGAUCAUAUUACACUGCUAGCUCUGCCCGCAAUGCCAGCCUGGGAGUCAACAAGGUCGAUGGAAAUACAGUUUUCCGGAUAGGCAGUAUAUCCAAACUCUGGACCAUGUUACUUCUUCUGAUAGAGAAGGGUGACAUAAUCUUCGAUGAGCCUGUGAUCAAGUACGUCCCAGAGCUGGAGGAUGCGAUCAAUGAUAUGCACAAUGCCACCCAGGAGCUGAACACCGUGGACCAUGUGCGCUGGGGAGAGGUUACCAUUGGGGAGCUGGCUAGCCACCUAGCUGGAAUCUCUAGGCAGUAUGGCGUCGGCGACUAUGCCCUGCAGCUCAAGGACCCCGAGGCUGCCGGACUGCCCAAGCUUACCAAGGAAGAACUACCUCCGUGCGGUGCCACAGCUGCCUGUGAUAGGGCUGACUUCUUCAACGGCCUGCUCAAGCAACGUCCGGUUGUGGCGACCGGAGCGACACCCAUCUACUCUAACGCAGCGUUCCGGAUUUUGGGCUACGCAUUGGAGAAGAUGACCAACACCAGCUAUGAGGAUCUUCUUACGAGACAUCUGAUCAAGCCUUUGAAACUAACACACUCGAGCUACAGUGCACCAGAUGCCAAGUAUGGAAUCAUCCCGGGAGACGCAGCGACCAGCUCCUGGGGUGUCAACAUUGGCGAAGAGACUCCCAGCGCCGGAGGCGUAUAUGCCUCACCAAACGACCUCUCCGCCGUCGGUCGCGCCAUUCUCAACAACACUCUGCUUCCUCCCGCCAUCACUAGACGCUGGUUAAAGCCCGUCUCUCAUACCUCCUCCCUAGCCCUCGCCAUCGGUUCACCCUGGGAGAUUUUCUCCUUCCCCAACGCUCGCGUCGUGGACCUCUAUACGAAGGCCGGCGAUAUCGGUGCCUACUCCUCCAUGAUUGCCCUCUCCCCAGACCACGGCGUCGGCUUCAACAUCCUAGCCGCAGGCGAAAAGACCCACGAAGUAGUCUCCUACCUAUCCGACUACGUCGCAACCUCCAUCCUGCCGACCCUCGACCAAAUCGCCCAACGCGCUGCAGACCAGCGCUUCAGCGGAACCUACGUCGCCAGAGACACGAACUCCACAAUAACAAUAAGCACAGACGACGGUCCAGGACUGAAAGUCACGAACUGGACGAAAGGAGACAUCCGAAUAUUUGAGGCUUUGAGCAAAUUCUACGGAGACGAGAGUCCCGCCGACCUCGAGGUGCGGUUGUAUCCUACCGGUCUGGAGACGGACUCACGGAUCUCGUUCCGUGCUGUUGUUCAGGACACGGGCAAGCAUUUACCUGGCAUCGGACCGUUCACGAGCUCGUGCUUCACGUGGGUGACUGUGGAUGGGAUGCAGUAUAAUGGAGUUGGAAUGGACGAGUUUGUAUUCGAUGUUGAUGAGAAGGGAAGGGCUGUUAGGGUGUCACCGAGGGCAUGGCAGUAUGUGCUUGAGCGGGCAUAUGUAUAG